UGAGUAGAGAAUUAUAUUCUUCUCCUUUCACCGGGUUUUGUUUCUUCUUUUACAUCAAAUUUCGCAACAUUUGUUAACGUGAAUAUUUAAAUACAAUUAUUUGUUGGGGGGAACAAAUCCUGGUUUGCUCCCUCUCCAAUACGUGGCUUGACUCGUGUUUAUUGAAGGCUAUGAACGGCUUCAAUACAACAUAUGCUGCGACGCUAGAAAUUUAGUCUUCGAGCUCACUGGCAUUCCGUUGAAGUUUUCUGUUAUAGACGUUUCGUUCUGAGAUUAUUUACAGCCAUUAACAGUUGUUUUCAAAUAGGUAAGAACUAAAUACUUGUAAAUGCAUACCAUAUUUUGAAAAUUAUAAAACCGUGUUGAUUUAACUUAAAAACAAUUAUUUAAAAAAUCAUAAUAAAAAUACGAGUAGGUAUAAACUAACGUAGAUGGGUAAACUCGUAUUUAGUUUAUAUUUUAUUAAACUAAGUGAAUAUCACAUGCAGUGUUUGUAAUCUGUAUCAUAUUUUGAGUAUAUCGAUAUUUUAAGAAAUACACACAUACAUAUUAUACACACAUAAUUAAUUUCCAAUAUUAUUAUUAUAUUAAUAUUGUUUUGAAGUCAACACCAAUAUUUUGGUUUGUCUUGGAAUUUAGUUUUCAUAAUCUGUAAUGUAACAUUUCCCGAAGAUACUCAGAUUAUUAUGGACUAUAGACCUAUGUUUUUUUUUUUAUUGCUAGUGAUUUAUGUAUUUUUUUAUAUAUAGAUAGCCGUUGAUGAUCUACACAAAUAUUCAUCAAAAUGGCACUUGACUUACAUCGUCAAUACAUCGAGAAAAAACAAGAAAGUGCACCGUUAGAGCCGAUCAAAGAUAUUGUAAAUUCUAAGUAUUAUUUAGAUCCACUGGAGCUUCUGGGAGAACGGAACUUCGACGAGCCUCGCGAAGUGGACGAGUCCGAGAUCGGCACGCCGAUACAGGAAUUUUUUCGGGAUGCGGUGGUAUUGUUGACCGGCGGCACGGGUUUUAUGGGCAAGGUGUUGCUAGAAAAAUUACUGAGAUCGUGUCCUCACAUCAAGCACAUAUAUCUGUUGAUCCGGUCGAAAAAAGGCAAAAACGUCGACCAACGACUGGAAGAUAUUUUCGAAGAUAGAGUAAACAAUUUAAUAUUAUUACAUGUCUUUAAAUUUGAAUUUAUUUUAUUUUACACAUUUUAAAAAAAAAGUGAUAUAAAUUAUAAAAAUAUACAAUUUUCCAAAGAAAACAAUUAAUACAAAUAAUCUACACUACCCUCCUCCUCUCCGAUUAUUUUAAAAUAAAUAUAUAACACAAAAUAAUAAUUUAUUUUAGCUAUUUAAACGAUUAAAGUAUGAAGUACCCAAAUAUUAUGACAAAGUCUCUGGGAUGGCUGGUGACUGCGGUUUGCCGGGUCUCGGAUUAAGUGUCAGCAGUCGAAAUACAAUAAUCAAUGAAGUAAACAUCGUUUUUCACGGAGCCGCCACUGUUCGCUUUGACGAACACAUUCGCGUGGCCAUGAACAUAAAUGUGUCGGGAACUAAAGAAAUACUAAAUUUGGCGAGGAAAAUAACUAAUUUGAAGGUGAUAAAUUAAUCAAUGUGUAAUUAAUUAUUUAAUAAAUUAAAAGAGUUUAGGAUAAUAUCGAUAUUUAACCUGUAGUUCAAUUCAUCUAAAUAAAAACUCUGUUUAGCUACAUUAGCAGUGGUGUAAUUUGCGGUAUGCAAAGGUAUAUAAAUGCAACUCGUGAAUUUUAUAUUCUGAGUGGAACGAGUUUUACAAUGAUGUUUAUUAUUAUUUUUUAUUUUGUGUACAUAAAUUCUACCAGAAACCUUGCUCCGAUGUAUCAAGUAUAGCACCUUUUCUGAAAGAGGUUUUAUUUAGGUCUAUUUUAAUUUUCUAAGCAGUUUUCAUAAUAAUUGGGAAAAAAUUGGAAAAAACGUAGCAAAAACAGGAAUAAUGUACGAAAUAAAUUAUUUUCAAUUUUGUUUUUUAUUGUGAUUCAGUUAAACAUAUUCAUAGAGACUUAAAAUUUGUACAGAAAACUUAUAUUUGCCUUUUUUUUAUCUGAUAGAAUUUUAAAAAUAUUUUAGUCAUCUUUGAGCUGUUAAUUGAAAUUUUAAUUUUGCGAGGUUUUUAUGUAAUUUUUAUUCGGUAGGUACUCUAUGGAUAAAAAUAUAAAACUAACGACCAAACAGAAAUGCUUGAAAAUGUAACAGUAGGUUUAUUAUAAGUUUUACUUAGUAGUCAAAAAAAUAAAAAAUAGAGUUUAAUGUAGUAGGUUUUUUUUUUAUAUUAAUUUAUUUUAAUAUUAAAUUUUGACGAAAAUUGUGUGGCUUUUCAAAACAUACAUAAUUGAACUCCGCUCAGAAUCGUUUUUCGUUAGCAAUGAUUAAUCAUUAAAUACAGAUAUAGUUAGUUACAUUCAAUUUCCCUCUAUAUGCCCUACCGUCUCAACUUUUCACACCUACAACAGUGCCUACCCAUUGCGCAAAGUAUGUCCGUCUAUUAUUUAAUAAACUUAAAAUGUGUAAAUAGUUUUAUAAAAUUUAUACUUUAUAUUUUAUAGUAUACAAAAAUCAUUUUGUAAUUUGACUAGACUAUUUUUUUUUGGUUUGAUUACAAUAUUUUAGUGAUUUAAAUAUUAAACUUGGAUUAUCACCGAUUUCAUAAGUCCCAGUUUUGUGGUUUAAUUACUGUGUUUGGCCUAUAAUUUUAUCAGUAUUAGAAGACAUAACAUAAUAUAAUCUUGAUAGUACACUAUGAAAUAAAGUUAUUGUAUAGAUAGUUUUUCUAAAUUAAAGCUUAGAAGAUAACUUUUAAACAUUAAUGUAAUAGAAAAUAUGUAUAUACGUAAGAAUGUGACAUAAAUACGGAAAGUCCGGAUUUCGGAAUUUAAAAUACGAGAAUUCCCAUUUUGUAUUUCAAAAUUGAUAAUUACGAUUUAAAUUUUCAAUAUUGGUGUUGCAUUUCAUGAUAAAAUGUGAAAUGACGUUCCUGUAUAUUAUUACAUUUAGAAAACUUGAUUCUGGAACGCUCGAAAUAUUUUUAAUAAUUUUGUCAAUUUAAAGUUAUAAUAUUCCAUUCACACCAUCAUUUUUGUUGAUUUUUAAAUAGUUAAAUGCCAUUAUUUUCACUCAAUAAACUAUUGUAAUUUGCUAUUUAUUUUUAGUAGCUAUUUGCUACUUUAUUGUAUUCUCUGAUAUUUUUUUUCAAUGAAUGUAAACAAUUUUUUUUGGUUAACCGAUAUAAUUUAAAUAAUCGAAUAGUAAUUUGUGUAUCUAUUUUAAUUUUUUUUAAAAGAACGUGGUACUUGCAUGUUUUGUUUCUGUCUUACAAACGUAUUAUCUAAAAUAACAAAUUAGCGUUCGUCAGGGAUAACUCUGUAUCUGUGCUAUUAGUUCUAAUAUUAGAGUGAAUUGACCUAUCGUCAAACCAAAAGAUGAGAGCAUUAACUAUGCAACUACGUCGGUAUUUUAAAUUGUAGCCUGUAUCAGAUAGGUUUAAGAACUUUUAAACCAUAAUAUUUCUGAAGCUAAUAUCUCGCUUAGAACUUUAAAUAUCGAGAAAAAUCUGACACAGUAGCAUAGGUAUUGUUCUUAUAUUUAUGUUUGACAAUAGAUUAAUCCACUUAAAUAUUUAAGCUAACAGCACAUAGUGGUCUUUGCUGACCGAAAAUUUUCUAUGUCCUACGUUUGUAAGACAGGGACAAAACAUGAGGAUACCACGGCAUUUUAAUAUUUCUAAAAUAUUUAAAUUAGUAUAUUAUAUAUUAUGUAGUACUCGCGUAUAUUAGUUUUGAAUAUAUAGCAUGUCUCACGAAGAUAAGAUCAUUGCGAGAUCUUGGAAAGCGUUAACUUUUUUUUGACAAUUUAAGGAACAAGUAGGUCUGAAAUGUUAUAUUAGCUUUAUUUUUUAUCACCCUUGUUUUUGGGAAUGAACCGACCGCACACGUUGGAUUUUCAAACAACAACUUAUAUUAUUCAAAAUUGCAUAAAUAGUAUAUUAUAGUAUUAGUUUAAAUAUAUAUUUGUAUUGGAAUUUUUGAUUUCCACCAAUCAGUUGACAAAAUAAUUCACUUUUAAAUUUUGGUAGGGAGAAAGUAUUGGAGCAUCAUUUGGGCGUUCGAAUAAUGAUCCGCUAUUCUCCCCCUUACCUAAAAUCAAAAGUGUAAUAUAUAUGUAUACGGAUUGACGGAAAUUAAAAUUGUCUACAACAAAAUAUAUUCAAACUAUUUCUCCGUAUAUUUAUAAAUUAUGGUAUUAUAACAAUUUAAAGCUAUUUGUUUCUUAAAUCGUCCAAAAAAAUUAAAAAUUCCGAAAAAGUUAAUAUUAUACUUUCAAAAUAUCGCAAUGAUCGGGACACUCGGUAUAUAUACAAUACAUUUGAAUAUUAGGUCACGGUGUAGUAAUAAUAUUACAAACAAACUGCCACGCAAAAAGAUAUUCUAUGAUACAUUCUAUAUGUGGGUAGUUAUUAUACUUACCAAUUCGUAUAUAAAAUAACAUUCGUUCACAUACUCUAUGUGUUGAGUAUAUAGUCAACGGAAAAUAAAUAUCUAAAACAAAUAAUUGUAACAGGGUAAAUACUAGGUAGCUAGUACAAGCUAGUUUUUAUUAACGAACGGGGUUUCUAUUACGAAUACUUACGUAGCUAUAAACGUUCAAAUAUUUCUACGGAAUUUUUACUUACGUUUCUUUAAUCGUUGUAGAUUAUAGCGCACGUAUCUACUGCAUUCGCAAACUGUAACCGACUUCUCGUCGAAGAAAAAUUCUACGAACCUCUAGCCGACUACAAAGAUAUUUUAGAAUUGGUUUCUACUACCGACGAUAAAAAAUUGCAAAAUAUGACUAAAGAGUAAGGAAACAAACAUUUUUACAUAAUAUUAUCCGUCGAAUUUGAACGUACUAUAUUAUGGUUUUAAGAUUGAUCGGGGAUUUACCGAAUACUUAUUCGUUCUCGAAAUCCUUGGCAGAAGAUCUCAUUCGAAGAGAAGCGUACGAUCUUCCCAUAUUGGUGUUCAGACCCACUAUUGGUACGUGUUCAAAAACCAAUUGUUAUAUAAUUAUUAUGUUUUUCAUAUUAUUUCAUUAUAAUAGGAUAAACACGCACUUGAGUAUUAUAGGUGUACACAUUUUAUUAACGCUUUACAGUUUCAUAUACGCUUUAAAUUAUCAUAACCGUUUUAAAUUAUCUGAUAUCGAGUGACGACUUUAUAUGGGUACCUUCCAGUCUUCAGAGUAUACUACUAUUAAUAUUACUUACUACUAAUGAAUAAUACUCAAUUUGAGUAUUUUGUAUUGAUUUACAUAAUUAAAUAUACAAUGAUUUUUUAUUGUAUCUGUAUGAAUUUCUAUAUUUGAAUAAUGCUAUUUUUUGUAAAGUGAUUGCUACCUAUCGAGAACCGGUGAGAGGUUGGAUUGAUAAUGUGUACGGUCCUACUGGACUUACAGUUGGAGCUGGUACUGGAGUUCUCCAUACUUACUAUGCCAAUCCAGAGAAUAUAACCGAUAUGACUCCGGUCGAUAUCGUUGUGAACGCUUUGAUAUGUGCUACCAAAGAAACGGCGUUGAACAAGUAAUUUUCUUUAAAGUACAAAACCUGGAUAGAAAAGAAAAAAGAGCAGAGUGCCACUGUUGUAGGUGAGAAGUUGGGAAUUUAAUGUAUUUUUGUAAACAACAAUAAACUAUUGCUAAUGAAAAACGAUUCUAAGAGAAAUUCACUUAUAUACAAUUUGAAAAGCCGUACUAAUACUGAAAUCAUUUUUUUGACAAACAGAAAUGUUUGAAAAUUUAACAGGAGUUCGUUAUGACUCAUAUUUGUUAUGGUUAAAAUAAAAAAAGUAGUAUAAUGUAGCCUUUUUUUUAUAUAAUGAUUAUAAAGAUCAAAUAAUGAUGGAAAUCGUAAUUAUUACGGUUUUUUAAAUCAUGUUUUAACGAACUUUGCUCAAAAUCGUUUUCGUUAGCAACGGUAUAUCGUUGCUGACAGAUAUAAAUUAAUAACAACUUUAUGUGUCCUACCUUCCUAACUUCCCACAUUUAACAAUGGCGUAACUAUUAACAGUACCAACUCUUUUUUAUAACUAUGUCUCUGUUAUGUAAUGGAUUUUAAUUCAUAUUAUGCAAUGGUAUAGUUUGAUUUAUUAAUCACUCGUAUAAUAUUAUGUUUCAUUUGCAGAGAAAAAAACAAUGUCCCAAUUUAUACUUGUUCAAGUGGAAUGCAAAAACCAAUUAGAUGGACAGAAUUCAUCGAAAUGAAUCGACGUUAUGGUAUUUACUGGCCUACGAUUCGUGCUAUUUGGUACUUUUCGUUAUGGAUCACAAACAACCAGUUUUUAUACGUAAUAUUAAAUUUUUUUUGUCAUAUUGUACCCGGUUACAUAUUGGACACAGUGGCUGUUUUGGCUGGAGAAAAACCAAUGUUAGUUUGUAUUUGAACAAAUAAUUAUUGUACUUGUAUUUUAUUACUCCUAAAUAUUAGUGCUACUAUUAAAUUUGAUUUAAAAAGUUAUUUUAGAUUCGGAGUUUAGCGUGGAAUCUAUUGAUUUAACUAUGACGUGUGAAGUUUUUAAAAUUCUUUUUUCUGUCUGUAAACAACUUUUCGAAAAAAAAUCUUGCUUCAGUGUGUAGAGUGUAGCAACUUUUCUGAAAUUAAAUUUUCUUUAGUUAGUUCAUUAAAGAUAUUAUUUUUUGAUUUUCCAAAGAGUUUUAAAAAUAAUUGGGGAAAACCCGAAAGAAAAUUGUAGGAGAAACAGCAAAUAUUUACGGCGCCUUACCGUUUUCAUUGUUUUUAAUUUUCAUUCAUGAUAUUUUUUUACCAAAAAUCGAAAAAUGACAAGAGAUCAAUUUUGUUCCUUUUAACAUAUUAUAGCCAUUGACGGAGAAAGUAAUUUUGUGAUGUCCAAAGUAAUUUUUAUAAUAAUUUGAAAAAACCAAAACAGACAAAAACUAAAAUUUAUUUUUCAAAUUACGGCGCAACGAUUUCAUUAUUUAAAAAUUUUACAGUUUAUGUUUUCUGCUAUAAAUAUUGCUUCAAUAAAAAAACGAAAAUAGACAUUUUUUGUUGAAUUUUUAAUCUUGUUCAUGAAUAAGUAAUUCGCUUUUUUUUUUCUUUUUUUUUUGAUUUUCUAUGUAGUAUUUUUAAUAAUUUAGCAAACCCGAAAAAUACGUAGAAAGAACGGGAAAAUUUACGAAAAUAAUUCUUUUAUUAUUUUAAAUUAAAUUUUUUUUUAUGUAAUUCAGUUAAACAUAUUCGUAGAGGCUUGAAAUUUUGACAGAAAACUUAUAUUUGUCUUUUCUAGAACUGAUAUUUGACGUAAACGUAAUAUUAAUGACUAAUAUAAUACAAUUUGUUUGAUUUUUAUUUAAAUUAGAUUGAUGAAAAUUUAUAAGAAGAUCGAUAAAGUACGCGAUAUAUUGAACUAUUACAUAGACAAAGAAUGGGUGUUCGUUAACGAUAGAUUAAUCAAAUUAUGGGACACCAUCGAUAGCCGAGAUAAAAUAUUAUUCAACUUUGACAUACACCAGUUGUCAUGGGAGUACUUUAGCCAGGCGCAUUGUCUUGGCUUAAGGGUGUAUCUAGUAAAAGACGAUAUUCAUACCUUGCCGGCAGCGAGGAAAAAGUGGAAAAAGUAAGUAACACAAUUUUAUCAGACAUUAUUAACAAUUCCUAUUCAGAAAUGAUCAUUUUCAAAUAUGAUUUUUGUCAAAUUCACCGCAAAAACAAAGAUUUAUAUUUCGUCUUUAUAUACGUAUAUUUACAUAAAAAUAUACAUACAUUUUCGCUACUUUUGGACACUUUUAGCGGCUCUCUGUCGAUUAAAUGAGCUUACACUCGGAUAAUAAUUAUGUUACUGUUGGAUUGAAAUGAUAACAUUUAAAUUGAAUAAAAAUAUGAAUUUUACCACUUUGUUGGGGGAAGGUGGAUGGUUUUUCAGCAUUAAAUACGUAAACAGCUUUUCACCAGAAAUCUUAUUCCAAUCAAAAACUUGAUAGACAUUUCUGGUAAAAUUUUUGAUCCGGUUGUUGCAUUAAGGAAGCCAUUUUGGAUUUUUCUUGUAGUUUGCGUAUUAAUAUUAGGAAAAACUGAUAAUUUUCGUAAAAUUUUUGACAACAAAGGAAAAUAUACGACCGAUAAUAUUCUGCUCGAAAUCGUUGUUUGUUCUCGCUUCCGACUUCCCACUUAAAACAGCAGCACGCCCAUCAGCAGUAUCUUAUUUUUUUUUAAAAAUACAAUUUUAUAAUUAAUAUAAAUUAAUUUUCGCUAUAAUAAUAUCGUUUUAUCAUUUGCAGGUUAUACAUAGCACACAAUGCGUUAUUACUAUUCGUGUACGCCUUCUUGGCGUGUUGUACGGGGGUCGCCGGUUUUGUACUACUCAAAUUGAUCGGAUUCAUGUAAUAAUCUAUUCCUUUACACGUCGAUUAAAAUAGUAUUAAUGUCACGUAUCGACUGAUCAUUAGACUUACGGCGCGUUACUUACCACGUUUUAUUAUAAAAUAUGUACAUUAAUUUAAACGUAUGAUUGUUAAAAAAUAAGAAUACUUCAUUAUUUUUUUAUCUGGUUUUUCUUUUGGAGUGUUUAUACUGUGAGUGCGUUUUGUUGGGGGUAAUAUUAUAUUCAUAAACACUAAAGAUAAAUAUAAUACCUAUAGAUAUUAUAAAUAUAGCCGGAACACAAUUGUAUUGUAUUUAUACCAGACGUUCUUUCGUAUAAUGAAAUAGAAUGCAAUAUGCGAGUAGGUGUUCAUUGAACCCAAUAAAUUAAUGUUUUUUUUUUUCUAUUAUUAAACACGAUUACUAUAAUUUAUGAAAUAUUUGUGUCAUCUAUGUGGAUACGAUUUUGUAUAUUUUUUCUAAAAAAUGAUUUUAUAAUAAAAAUUUUAUUUUCGAGA